ACUCCCUGAUCUCAACGAAUCACCACACUCGCAACUGCCUACUGGAUGUGGUGUUGCGACUGGCCAGACCCCACGCUACUCGAAGCAAACCUAGGGGCUAGGACGGGAUCAAGUUUGUCGAAAUCGAACGCUUCCAAGGCAAACGCCUGGUAGAGGAAGCUUCGAACUGAAAUACCGGCGGUAGUAUGAACAGCUCAGCGUAUCGGACAGUGUUUUUGCGAGUCUGCGCUAUGCAUUGAGUGUAGAAAAGGCAGCAGGAUCUACUAGUAGGAGGCCUCGAUCGCAGGGUGAAUGUAACAUUGUUCGUCACCACCACUGAAGGAUCACCCUCGACCUUUAGUUUAGGCUUUGCGCAUACGGAUAUCACACGGCUCACGGAUUGUUACCAAGACGCAACCAAGACGCAACCGGCACUUUCUUCAAGAAACGUUCAGAAAGGUUUGGUUGGCUUGUGUCCCUGAUCAGCUGAGCGCCUUGCCGUCGAUUGACGGUCAUCACAAUAAAAGUCGUCGGUUGAUGUCUUCAGCAGGAGAAAGCCAUUUACUGGAACCUUACACGCAUUGUAGGACCAAGGAUCAUUCGUUGAGCGGUAGCUCGAAACGAAGAAAAAAAGGCUCGAACUGCUGUGAUCAGGUGCGAUGGCAUCUGAUGAAAUGCAGUGGGCCGGUGAAAAUCAGCCGGCAUGCGGCGUCCGUGCAAGAAGGAACAAGCCUCCACGGCCGGCUGCAGCAACGGCUGGAAUGGCUGGUGCUGAGGAUUGCCAGGACGAAGACGAUGACGUAGAUGAUCGGAGUCGGAUUACGGAGCUUGUCGCCAGCAGUGGACUGGCUACGACCGCCAGUUCAACUUCAAGUGGACGCUGGGCGCAGGCACUGGGCACAGAUCUGGCGUGUCAACUCCUGCCAUACCUGGAAGACAUGAACGAUUCCCAGCAGCUGCAACAACACGAUGAGCAAGCUGCUACUGACAGCACCGUUGCCACGACCACCGGCGCAGCAGUAGCAGCUAGCGGUGGGGUAGUCGGCACGCAUUACAUGAUCGCCGACAGCGAGCACGUGUAUCCGAACGCGCGCACCGUCAUCCAUAUACAGGUGGCGAGGCCGACGCCGCGAGGCGUCUACUCGUGUUCGUACUCGGACUACUCCAGCGGCAGCGGAGGGUUUGAGCGGCGACUGCAGCGUCACACGCGGAGGCAAGAGUUCAAGACGCGCGACGGCGAGGGUACGACCACGUCUGCCAGUAUCGAAGAACACGUCGAGUACUCCAUGCUGGAGGAGCCGUCAAUGGUCAGGCCACAACCGCCCAAACCUGUCCCCCAUGCUCCGCCCGGUCUGGUGAUGCCGGAGCUCAGGGCGACGGAGCAGGCGAUAUUCCCGCCUCUGCCGCCCAACACAAACUACAGUGGAAGAAGGGAUGAGCUGGUGAAGAUAAGGGAUGCGUUCUUCCCUGCCGACUCGCCCGGAGGCCACCCAGUACCCUACGGUAUCAUACAGGUCGUAAGCGGCAUGAGUGGUAUUGGCAAGACCACGCUGGCCGAACACUACGCGCUAAUGCAGACGCACCAGAGUGCCUGGCUCGACACGAUAUGCGCCCACCAUGGCCUGGGCACGGCAGAGGGCGCCGGCGAUGCAGAUCGUAGACGCACAGUUGUACGAGAGACUCCGAGCUACCGCUGUGUUUUGCAGGUGAAUGCCAGAAGUGUGGAAACAUUGGAGCAGUCCUUCAAAACCAUCCAGAGGAUACUGAACAUUGUGCCGAGGCAGCAGACGCUGGGUGCCAUGGCGACGGAGGAUGCGUGCGACUCGGUGUUCCGCUGCCUGACCUCGAUGCACCGCUGGUUGCUCCUGGUGGACAACGCAAACUCGCGCGACAUGCUGGAGCGCCUUGCCGAGCCGAGCUUUGGCUUUCUGCCACCGUCGGUUGCGAACGGUCACGUGCUCCUUCUGACGCAGCAGUCGGCCGUGCCGCAGUCGCUUGCGUGCCGCGUUGCCCAUCACCUUCACCUCGGAAAACUGGACGUACAGGCGUCGGCCGUCAUGCUCCACCGCUGCGCCAGCAAGCACCUGGGCCUCAGCGCCCAGCGCUACGGCGACGCGGACGUGCUGCUGCGAUUGGACGAGCUGCGGCGCGAGGCGCGCGCCGAGCACGAGGCCGUCGUGCAGCUGGCCGGUCCGGACGCACUCGACGGCUUUCCGCUGGCACUGGAGCAUGCUGGCCUCUACAUCGGAAACACGAGCUGUGGUGGUGACGGUGGAGGUGGCGGUGGUGGGGGUCGUUAUAGUGCUUAUCUAACACAAUACAGAUGGCUGCGUAUGGACAUGUUUGAAUGCCCCAACAUCGUGCCUACAAGUCGCUCGUUGUGCACCACCGUCCGGGCCAGCAUAGAUCGCCUCGUGGACAAAGCCGCAUUUCAGCUGCUUGCCAUAGCGGCGUUCCUCUCCCCGAACGGUAUACCAGUGAAGCUACUGCUGCUCAAUUGGCGUGUUCUGCCGACCGAAUUGCGUGAAUAUCUGCUGAAAGGACUGCGAGAGGACGCUUCCAACAAGUGCUUGCCAUGGUUCGGAGUUCGAGACACAGCUCUCGGCCGUAAGGAACAUCAUGCCCGGUCAGUCGGAUGCGGAGCAAUGGCGAAUGGUGGCUCACAGCAGGCAGAGAACGUGCUCGACACUGCACACUGUAGCAGCAAUGUAGAGCUCCAGCACACAACCAUCGUGGGUGAGAGCGUCACUGCUGUUGAUGAUACCUCUACUGUGUUCACUUCGCCCAAUCAGCAUCCGCAGCAGUCUCCUGCGACAGCGUCGGAGGCCAUGGAAUGUAAUGGCAGCAGUAGUAGUGGCAUCAGCAGCAACAGCAGCAGCAGCACAAGCAGCAGCAGCACAAGCAGCAGCAGCAGCAGCAGCAACAACAGCAGCAGCAACAGCAGCAACAGCAGCAACAGCAGCAGCAGCACAAGCAGCAGCAGCAGCAGCAGCAACAACAGCAGCAGCAGCAGCAACAGCAGCAGCAACAGCAGCAGCAGCAGCAGCAGCACAAGCAGCAGCAGCAGCACAGCCAAUAGCGGAAUACUCAAUGAUCAUGAUGCGACUGGCGACUGCGUGUCCAGUGGAAAUGUCCCGGAGCAAUGCUGGAUGUUAGAGGAGAAAUGUUUAUCGCACAUGAAACAUCGCCUAGAGUCUCUGCUCAGUAACCUACGGUCAGCUUCUCUGAUCACAAGCUGUGCCAAUGAAAAGACAGUAACCAUCCCAGCUCAUUCUCUCGUGACCAACUUGACGGAUGUAACCCCUACACAGCAACACCACACAGAGGCAACGGCUACUUGUAAUACCACCACCGACCCCGAACCUGCACUCGGCACGGAGAACACAAGGAGAGCGAGUCACGUGCACAGACGCGCCAACGCCAAUGCCCUGCUCCGGGCAACAUUCUCGGUACAUCCUCUGCUGCAACAGGUCGUCGUGCAUCUGAUGAUGAAUUCGGUAACGCACCCUCUGGCCACCGCCCUCUGCGACCCAACACACGCCAUUGAUGAUGGUGCGAACGGAACCCCGCCAUCGUCGUCAAUGGCAACACUCCAGGACAGUGCCACGGGAAAUUUCACACCUGCCAUUGCCGCAUGCACUGUAUUGAUCCAUGAGGCACUGUGCAAUGGCAGUCUCUCGAUGGACGAGGCCGUACACCACGUUCAGGGACUGUACGCCAGUGUUCCGUGCGGCACGCUCGGCAGCGCGAGUGCCGGAGCCCUCACGCCCAGCACUCGCCGUCGCCUCGUCGACCUGCUGCUCGUCACCGUGGAGACGAAGCACAGCUUCAGUCGCCUUGCCGACAGCAGCUCCACGGCACCUCUGCUGGACGCCUGCGAGGCAAUGAUAUCGCACAUGGACGCGGCGCUGGAGGACCAGGACGAACACGGACAGGAACGAGCGGAGUUCUCCGGUCGACUGCAGUACCUACGUGAUCGGGAGAUUGAGAGUGGUCUGAGCACGGAGGUGUUUCGACGCACCAUUCUCUACCUGCUGACACGGCCGCCGUUCGAAGUGCGCGUUCUUCUUCACAUCACCGCCAUGAUCGUUAGGUCAUGCUUGGAGGUGCUGCCGCAGGGGGCGAGUGACAAAGAUGGCAAGCAUGUCACCACGCCAAUCGAGCUAUGCGACGACAAAGAUCUUCACGAAAGUUGCCGCUCAAGGGACGCCGGGCCAGUGCCUCGCACCGUCGAGGAUGCAAUGCGAGCCGUCACGCGACUCGUGCUGCCCGAACUGGAGCUGCCGUCACUGGUGAGAUCCAGCACAACGUCGACGACAGAGGGAGACGUGCCUCGCGGACACGUUCAGGACGAACACCUGAUAAGCGUGCUCGAUCUGCUGGCGUCGUCUUGUGCCUACGUCUGGGUGCACGUUGUCGUGAAGUUCUGUGCCGCUGCGAGCGGCCGUGAAUGCGCACCGCUGUGGCGUCGCAUUCACCGCCAGCACCUGGAGUACUCCAGCGACGGGCAGGCGUCCAUGGUUGCCGUGGCGUCCGUGGCGAAUCUCCUUGACGACGCCAGCACGUUCCCGCCAUUGUGCGGCGGCGGCGCCGCUGCUACCGGCGGUUACGCCAGGGUGGAGUACACCAGUGCAUCGUUGCCAGGGCUACGGUUGCAUCGCAACAGAGAACUGCCGUCGCCGCGACAACAGGCUGCAUCUCGUGAAGCGCCGCGUACGGGUAGUCGCAAGGCAAAGCAGCGUCAGCCGCGCCUCAACGACUUCCCGGUGGCGCAUCGCAAAUCCAGCACCGUGACGGAUUUAGAUACCCAGACAUGCCAAUCACACAGGCAAACCAAGUCCUCCUCAAGUUCUAAGUCGACAUCGCCCCAAACAGUACAGCCCAAUGGCGACGUUAACCCUCGUGUGAAAGACGGCACCCCGCCAAGCUGCCGCUAUCGCCGCAAAGUCAAGGACCGUUCCAUUCGAAAAUCGUCCGCUAAAGCACACACUGGCACCCCAGCACAGCAAACGCCGCAACAGAAACCACACAUGGUAACCAAGAAGAAAAAGAAACGUAGCGAUCGCCAGGCUGCGGAGCAUUGUGAACGUCAGCAUGGCCGGGAGCCUACCCUGCAUGAUCACCCGAUAGCAGACAACACAGCCACCCACGUUGCAUCGACGGGAAAGAGAAGCGAAGUGCGCACGCAACGCCCCAGGCAGCCGCAGCCCUCUCCCAUCGUCCUGCCAUACCUUGGAGCGGCCGACGCAGAGACGAGAAUCGCAAACUGCUUGAAGUAUGUUGAAGGGCAGGUAGACCGGCUGACCUGUAUCAUUGGCCUGUGCUCACAUUCAUUGAUGGAUCCACACCACGACCCGCGCACUACCACCACCACAACCGGGCCAAUCCUGGAAACAGAGGAUCUUGAUGGUGAUUCAUCUGCUCCUGAUACGCGAUCGCACGGCAGAGAUGAUGCGGCAUCCACCGCACAGUCCGUUGCCGUGCCCGCGACGCCACCGCACGGCGAUAACGUUGAUGGCGUAAAUUCGGAGUGCACCGUUGUCGACAGUGCACGACACCCAGAUCUCGGCAACGGUGCAAUAAGCAAUGGACACUCCCUCGCAGCCUCCAGUACACCAGAACACACCCGUGUUCGUGCCACCAUGAACCAUGGCACGUGUUCACAGCGCGAUCUCAUCAACACGGGACGCUGUGUGGAGAACAGAAGCAACAGCAGCACCGAGAGCGGCAGCAGAAGCGACAUUAGUGUCACGAAUGACACACAAAACAGCAGCAACAGCACCAGCAAAAGCGGCAGCAGUAGCGAUAUGAGUAUCACGACUGACACACAAAACAGCAGCAGCAGCAACAGUGAGAUCAGUGUCAGCAGUAGCGAUACAGUAUAUGUCACGAAUGACACACAAACCAGGAGCAGCAGCAGCAACAGUUGGAAUAGCAUCAACAACAGCACAUCCAGCACAUCCAGCACAACCAGUCCCAGUCACGAUAGCCUCACGUCCGUGACUAACACAAUGCCGUGCGUUGUCCCCCUGAAGACCGUGACAGAUCACUGCAGCGACUGCGGAUACGACACAACCGUCCCGAACGCACUAGCAACCAAUGCACUCGGUCUCCAAUGCAGUCACCGCCAGUACCAUGACCUCCUAGCGAUCUCCGUGGCAGUGGCACUAUGGAAACAGCGACGUUUGAAGCACAAGCGCGAAACUGUCAAGAAGGACAUUGCAAGGAGGAGGCAUGCAGGCGAGUCCUCUGGUCGUAACCAAUGUAUAAACAAUAGGGCAAGCACCAGGAUGAGUGAGCAAGUGCUGGCACGCUUGGGUGCAUGUUCUCGGAGUGUUGACAGCAUCCUGUACAGCGCAAAGCAGUGCGGCUCGACCAGAAGUGACUGCUUGAUAGCACAGAGCAGGAUCGCCCUGGACCUCCUGACGGCAUUCGUCCAUGCCGGCCUCGACGAUUGCGCAACCGCGGAAACGCUCGUCGCUCGCCUGCGGGCCCGGAUCCGCACGGAGCGCGUGGGCGGACGGGGACUUUCCCUUCGGCUGGAGCGCCUCGCCAAUCUACUGGAACUGCUGCUGUGGAGUCGAGCACGGACCUCGUUGGACGACACUCUGAGCACCGACUGAGCGAGCACGGACCUCGCUGGACGACACUUUGGGCACGAACUGAGCGAGCACGGACCUCGCUGGAUGACACUUUGAGCACUAACUAUAAGCAAGCGCGGACCUCGUUGGACGACAAUUUUAGCACCGACUGAGCAAGCACUGACCUCACUGGACGACACUUUGAGCACCGACUUUGCUGGACCGUGGACGGCACUUUGAGCAUUGGCUGAGUUAACAGACCGCAGCAGAGAGGGCCUCGAAAAUGUCCUCUGCCUACAGAUACACGUGUAUCUUUCUCCAUCCCGAUACAGAGUCUGUGGUUGAGCCGUCGGCAGUGUUGCAUGGAACACAAGGCUCAACCGCCACACAGGCAGAACAGCAUCCAAUGUCCUUCACAGUGGCGGCAUUCAGGCACGGGAUACCACCGGAAGAUCGCUCAAUAGCCAACUCCACGGAUGCAGCGGCAAUGGAAACGGGAGAGAGAAAUCGAUGCAGCACAUAGCUGGGACACAACAAGUGGCCGGAGGAGGCACGGUCGAGGCAGCCAGGGGGCAUGAUGACCAGGAGGAGCUAGUCGCACCAACAACAAAGCACAGGACCGGCAGAAGCAGUUUGUGUUUGGCCCGCCCAUACCCUAUCAUUUCAUACAGUUUGUGUAUGAUAUGGAGGGUACACACAUGACUUUGAUACAGUUUGUGUAUGAUAUGGAGGGUAGUCACAUGACUUUCA